CCCCCUCAGGCCGCGCCGCCAUUUUGGAUCCGCCGCCGCUUCCCUGAGGUAAAAACGAAAUUUGAGGGGUUUAAAAAAACCCCAAAAAACCCAAAAAUCACCCCAAAAAUCCUCCCAAAAGCGAGGGGGGGUUGAGGGGCGCCGCACCCUGAAACUCAUCUGGAGAUUCCACCCAAAAUUCUCCCGAAUUUGGGCUCCAACCGCGGUGAUGGCAGACCCUCCCAAAGACACCACAGAUUUGGGGUCUCUGCAGGCCCUGCGCGCGGCCCUGCAGGGGGCGCUGAUUCGCUCCCCGGCCCAACCGGAACCGCCCGAGCUGGAGCCGCUGCUGCGACUUCCGCUUCCGCCCGACCGGAAACUGCGGCUGCUGCCGGGCCGGAAGCUGCUCCGGGACAACCUGGCCUGGAAUCCCGAGGGGGUCCCCCACGGAUUGGAGCAGCUGAGGACGGCGCUGAACAUUCUGGAAAAAUACGGUCGGAACCUUCUGAGCCCGCGCCCGCCCCGGCACUGGAGGGGGGUCCGGUUCGGCAAUCCCGUCUUCAGAUCCACCGUCGGGGCCAUCCAGGGCGGCCGGGAGGUGCUGAAGCUUUUGGGGUACACGGAGGAGUCGGGGGAGGGGCUGAGCUUCCCUCCCCCCCCCACGGGCCCCUCCCCGCUGGUGGCGGCCGUCACCGCCGACGUCCUGGUGCUGCGCGCCGAGCUGGACCGGCUCUUACUGAACCAGCACCCCAACCCCCAUUUCUUCACCGAGAUCUUACUGGGAGAGGAUGAGGCGUCGCUGGUUUCGGAUGCGCUGCCCCAAAUGCACACGGCCGACGACGAGGGCUGGACCUGCCGCAGCUGCACCCUGAGGAACCCGACCCCGGCCGUGCUCUGCCGCGCCUGCGAGCGCCCCCGACUGGCGCCCAGCCCACAGCCCAGCCCCGCCCCCUCCCAGCCUUGGCCCUGCCCCCGCUGCACCUUCCUGAACCGAGGCCCCGCCCCUUCCUGCCAGAUGUGCGGUGACGUCACUUCCGCCCAGGCCACGCCCACUCCCGGUAGUUUUCCCACCACUUCCUGUUCGGAGAACGCCACUUCCUGUUCGGAAAAUUCCACUUCCGGUUUGGAAAACCCCACUUCCGGUUUGGAAAAUCUUACUUCCGGUUUGGAAAAUUUAACUUUCGGGGCGGAGAAUUUGAAAUGGGGAGGUGAUGACGUCACUUCCGGGUCAGGCCACGCCCCCUCCCGUGAUGCUUUGCGGCAGCGGAAGUUGAUGGAGGACGGGCGGCGCCUGGUGGAGCUGGUCAGGGUCGCCGAAUCCCAGGGCCUCCCCCCGGAAUCUCUCGGCCCCGCCCCCUUUUCCGCCCUUCCGGAACAUUCCGACCCCGAAUCCCAAAUCCGGCACUUCCGGGGCCGCCUCGGGGGGGUCCUCAAGGAGCUCCAGGGGGCGGAGCCUGACCCCAAAGGGGGCGGAGCCUCCCUCGGGCCGUUCUCAUUGGCCGAAGCCGCGUGGGCGUGGCUGGAGGGGGAGGGGCAGCCGGACCGCGCCCGCCGCGUUCUGAUUGGCCGGAGGAAGCAGCAGCUGCAGCUCCUGGCGUGCCUCAGUUUCCCCGAACGCGCGGCGGCGCUGCGGCGCAAUGGCGGCGGCCAAUGGGAGGCGCUGCAGGAGCUGCAAUGGCGGAGGCUCCGCCCCUUCCGAUUACGUCAUCAGCAGGGGGCGGAGCCUGCGCUGGACUUCCUGCGGGAGGAUCAGCAGGCCCUCGUCCGGCAGAUUUUGGCCACCCUCCCCGUGGCCAGUUGGGGUCGGGCCUUACUGGUGGCCAGUUUGGGUCGUGAACUGGGACUGGGGCUGGUGGCGGCUCCCAGUUCGGAUCCUUUACUGGUUGAACUGGUGGAGGCCGUGGGGUCCUGUCCGGACAGGGCUGCCCUGCGCAGGCGCCUGCGCUGCGAGUGCGCCGUCUGCGGCUGGGGGCUGCCCCGGCAACUGAUGCAGUGGCUGCCCGGCUGCUCGUGCCCGCUGUGCCCCGAGUGCUUCCGCCUCCAUUUCACCGUGGGGCUCAGGGAGAGGGGGGUGGGCGCCCUUGGGUGCCCCAGUUGCGGCCGCCCCGACCUCAGGGACGACGCCCAACGCCUCUGGUACUGGUCCACGCUGGAGCCGGCGCUCCGGCGCUGCCUCGACCCCGACACCUUCGGCCUCGUGACCCGGAAGUUGACGGAGUUGGAGCUGCUGAGGGACCCCCAGUUCCUGUGGUGCCCCCAUUGCUCCUUCGGGUUCAUCUUCGAGGCCGAACGGGGUCCGGCCCAGUGCCCCCAGUGCCACCAGUGCUGCUGUCCCCGCUGCCAGCUGCCGUGGGACCCGCGUCACUCGUCGCUCUCCUGCGCCGAUUUCGGGGUCUGGAUCCGCUCCAGGGACCCCCCCCAGGGCCUGGGGGCCUUUCUGGGAGAGGCCGGAAUCGCCUGUCCCCAGUGCGGGCAGCGCUUCGCUCUGGCGCGCGGCGGCUGUUUGCAUUUCCAGUGCUCCCAGUGCCGACACCAGUUCUGCGCCGGCUGCGGCGUCCCCUUCCACCGGCCCGGGACCUGCCCCUCCCCCCAGUGCCCCCUCGGGGGGUCCCUCCACGGGCACCACCCCCGCGAUUGUCUCUUCUACCUGCGGGACUGGGAACCCGCCCGGCUGCAGCAGCUGCUCCAGAGUGGGAACGUCGCCUUCGAGACAGAACCGCCCCCUGAGGCCCCGCCCAACCCGACUGGCCGCUGUCCCGUUCCGGAGCAGAAGGAAUUCGGGGUGACCCUUCGGGACGAGCCGUGCGGGCGGGACACGGCCCCGGGCCAGGCCGGACUCUGCCGCGGUCACUAUUCCGAGUAUCUCGUGUCCCUCAUUAACCGCCACGGCCUGGACCCCGCCCCUCUCUAUGACCCGGAAGAGCUCCGCGCCGCCGCGCAGCGCCACCUAGCGGCCGGGAGGACUCAGCGCCUGCCGGGCGAGAGCGAGGCUGAGCACCGACUGCGCAUGCUCCGAAUGCUGGGGGAGGAGGUGCCGGUGAGGCCACGCCCACAGGGGGCGGGGCUGAGGGCGCUAUGCAAAUGAGGCGGAUGUAAAUGGGGGAAAUGACCUUAUAUGGGAAAAAUGACCUUAUAUGGG